CCCAGAGCAGGGGGGAGAUGCCCACCCCCAGCGGCGGAGGGGGCAAGGAGUGGGGAGGGGCCACCAUGGGCGGCCAUAUUAGCCAGGUUGGAAGCCCUAGAACAUGGCUCAAGCCACCCUAAUGCACCCCGGGACCAACCUGUGACAGGGAAGAAGAAAGACCCACCACCCAAACGGUCUCGGGGGAAAACACAGCGGCCAGUGAACAGUGCUGAUGCAGGGGCUGUUGCUUCCAUCUUAGCGCGACUGGAUGUGCUGGAGGCCGGGCUCAGGGCUGAGGCGAGGACGCCCAGCAUAGAGCCAGGCGCAACUCCCACCCUGCAAGCAGCCCCAACAAUGCAGCCCGCACAAGGACCUUCGGCGGAAAGCACACAGGAUCGCUGGACAAGAUCGGAGCAGCCACGCAUCCUCCUAUGUGGCCACAGUAUGAUGUUCUGGGCAGGCCGCAGGGCGGCGAAGUCUCGCUUCGGCACGCAGCUGGGGCUCAGUCAAUGGGCCGCAGUGCGGUGGCUGGGACGUCGGGGGAUGCGUUGGGAUGGGCUCCUGCCAGCCUUGUUUCAACCGGCUGUGGAAGUGGCAGCGCCCCAGGUGCUGGUGAUCCACCUCGGGGGCAACGACUUGGGUCUGUUAAAGGGCAAGGCCCUAAUUGAACAGGCAUGCGGUGACCUCCGGGCCAUUGCACGUCGCUGGCCGGGGGUGCACUUAGUGUGGUCAGACAUCCUGCCGCGCAGGAGGUGGAAUUGUGCCGGUGACCCACGAGGGAUGGACAGGGCACGGAAAAAGGUGAACAGGCAAAUUCAGAGGGCCCUUAGGGACUUAGGAGGUUCUGUCAUCCACCACCCAGAGGUGGGCCACAACAAGCUUGAGCUGUUUCGGCCUGACGGCGUCCAUUUGACGGACAAGGGCAACGACAUCUUUCUAAGGGACCUGCAGAAGGGUUUACACCAGAUUCUUAUCGGGUGUGGGGUAAAGGGGGACUAAGCAGAGGCUUGUCCCCCUUCUGUGGCGAAGAAGUGCGGGGAAAGGUUAAAGGGAAAGGGCAGCUAGGUGACACCUUUAGGCACCUUUGGGGGUGACAGGCGGUCCGGAGGCCUGCAGCUCAGGGCUACACGGCCCGGGGACAGGGUACGGGCCGCCUUUGGGGCCAACGUGCCUCAUCCGCUCAGAGUUUCAGGGCUCCGAGGGGCGGUGAUGCGGGUUGGACCCCCUACACAUCUUCAGGGUGUGGCUGGAGCUGGGGGGCUGGCACAGGGCAGCCCCAGGCUCAGGCAGGGCAUGAUCGCCCGAUAGCUGCUAACAGGCUUUGCCUGGAUCUCCAGAACGCCCCGCCCUUAAUCUCCCUUCUGCAGGUUCAUUAUUCAAUUGAUUCUGUUUAAAUAAAGUGGCCCAUCAUUUACCCAAGCAAUGGUGUCUGUGUUUUAUUUCGGCAAUAGGCCGCAAUCCCGUUCCGUGCCUGGGACCUACCGGGCAGAGGGACGAGCUUGCGGCCGCUGUCGAUGUCCCGGCCGCCAUCUUGGAUGGGAUGCGUGCACACACGGCGCGCUGGCGCGCCGUCGUGUGACGCGGCAGGGAGGCGGGGCGGCUGAAGGCUAUUUAAGGCCGCCCCGCCUGCUUCCCGCCAUCCAGUUCAAAUUUCGGCGGCACCCGCCCGACCCUCCCUCUGCUGCAGUGUGAUCCAUUUGGUCGCUACGGGGCCGACUAGGAAUUUUUGGCCUGCCUGCCUCGCUUUGCUGGCAGGUUUCUUUUGCCUACUCCACACUGUGGUUGGGGGGAGGGGUCAAGGGUUAGCACGGGUGCCCCUGGGGUCAAUAGGCUGAUUGGGCUGUUUAGUUUGUAUUGUUAACGGUCACUUUGGGAUGCAAGCGAAGAAGUGCGGGGAAAGGUUAAAGGGAAAGGGCAGCUAGGUGACACCUUUAGGCACCUUUGGGGGUGACAGGCGGUCCGGAGGCCUGCAGCUCAGGGCUACACGGCCCGGGGACAGGGUACGGGCCGCCUUUGGGGCCAACGUGCCUCAUCCGCUCAGAGUUUCAGGGCUCCGAGGGGCGGUGAUGCGGGUUGGACCCCCUACACAUCUUCAGGGUGUGGCUGGAGCUGGGGGGCUGGCACAGGGCAGCCCCAGGCUCAGGCAGGGCAUGAUCGCCCGAUAGCUGCUAACAGGCUUUGCCUGGAUCUCCAGAACGCCCCGCCCUUAAUCUCCCUUCUGCAGGUUCAUUAUUCAAUUGAUUCUGUUUAAAUAAAGUGGCCCAUCAUUUACCCAAGCAAU